GAGGACAAUGACGGAGCGAGGAAAGUAGGAUAAUUAAGGAAGCAUUGGCUGUGUUGUAAUGAUGAUGGUUGACACUGUGAGGUAGAUGAGAGAGCAGAAAGCAGUAAAGGGGGAGUGAGAGAGAGAGAGAGAGAGAGAGAGAGAGAGAGAGAGAGAGAGAGAGAGAGAGAGAGAGAAUAUUUAAUUCAAAGCUUUUAAACACUUUUUUUUUUUUAAACUUGCUGAUGGAGAACACAGAAGUGAACGUAGAGCAUGGCGAGAACCCACCACCAUACUACCUGGUGGUGAAGCCUAGUUGUCCUCCACCUCCAUAUGCAAUGGUCCAGCCGUUACCGAGCACCCCUCCAGUUGUUCCUUACUCCAACCAACCUCUUCCUCAAUUACUUGCUCCUCAUGUGCCUCAACGAGUUAUCACUACCAUAGAACAAGGUCAACCAGACCCGAGGCAGAGCAGACUGGUGGUGACACGACAUAAAAAAGCUCGCUGCUAUGGAGGCUCAGGAGGCUCUCUUCUUAUUUUACUUUUUACUGGAAUUGUAAUCUGGCUGGGAGUGCGAUACGGCGUGUCAGUGAUGUCCAGAGGGAAGUCUGACACGUGUCCGCCCAAUACCGUCGUCUGUGACGGGCAUACCGAUUGCCAAAAGGGCAGCGACGAGACGAUCUGCGUGAGGUUUGGAGAAGGAAAUGAACUGCAGGUCAUGACUUCAAACUCCAGCGGCUUCCUUCCCAUUUGCUACGCUGACUGGAAUCACAGCCUGGCUACCCAGACCUGUCAACAACUCGGGUUCAGAGGAAGUUACAAGUAUGGAGGCUUAACAUCCACCUCAAAAUCAUUCCUCUUUGUGACCUCUGAAUCUUCAGACACCAUACAGGGAAAGGUGAACGUUGGCACAAUGUGUCCUGGUGAACAGGCAACAUUUCUCCAAUGUACUGACUGCGGGCUUCCGAGGACCAGCUCCCGGAUCAUCGGAGGCAGUGUGGCGACUCCGGGACUCUGGCCAUGGCAGGCCAGCCUGCAUUUCGAGGGUUCUCAUGUGUGCGGAGGGUCAGUGGUGUCACAAGAUUUCAUAGUGAGUGCUGCACACUGCUUUCCCAGUGACCCUGCUUCCUGGCAGUUGGCUGUUAACUGGCGUGUGUACCUGGGCGUGGAGUCACAGUACAUGCUGCCGCCUCCGCAUUACGUAGCUGACAUCAUUAUACACGAGUCGUACAACCCCAACACACACGACAACGACGUCGCGCUGCUCAAACUCACCCAGCCCAUCAACUUCACUGGAUCGGUCCAGCCUGUCUGUCUCCCUGCGUUUGACCAGGUUAUUUCUACAGACACACAAUGCUGGAUAACAGGAUUUGGAACAACACAGGAAGGAGGAGCCCUUGGUUCCAGUCAGCUUAUGGAGGUAGCAGUAGAUAUCAUUGACACAUCUGUGUGUAAUGACGCCUACAAAGGACUCAUCUCUAAUGACAUGCUGUGUGCAGGAGAUAUGGAAGGGGGGAGAGACGCCUGCCAGGGUGACAGUGGAGGUCCUCUGGUGUGUCAGGAGGAAGACGGGCGCUGGUACCUCUACGGCGUGACGAGCUGGGGGAGCGGGUGUGGCCGCGUGAACAGCCCGGGCGUCUACAGCAAUGUUCACAGCCUUCUAGCGUGGAUCCACAGCAAGAUGGAGGAAGACAGGCCGUGAGGACACCGCUGUGGGACGUGGGAAGCACAAGCUUGACAUCAUGUCAGGACUGAUCACUUAUCACCAGGGAUUGUUGUUGAUGCUUUCUCCUUCGCACACGUGUUAAGACGUAUCCCGUCACGGUGGUAUUCACAAUGCUUCUAAGCAAAAUGAGGCUUCUUGGAUAUUACAGUGUAUUCAUGAGUACACAAGCAGCAUCAUUGUACUGUAUUGUCUCGUAAGGCUCCUCCCACCUGUACCUUUGAUUGGUGAUCUGGUCUCCUCUGAUUGGGUGAUUAGUUUUGAUAAGAAUACGGACCUUCCUUGGGUCUGCGGUCGAUGUGCUCUGCGGUCCCACUGCUUGCCCUCUAGUUGCACAAUACCACGUUGGGAUCAUCUUAAACCAAUAAAAGAAAGAAAAGUAGUAUAACUCAUCUAGAUUUCCUUCAUACAAUCAUACUGAAUCGCCAUGCAAUCAUUUCUGUCCCCGCGCCGUGACUGUGAGAAAGCCGCGCGCUUGGAACACUAAAUAAAUAAAGGCUUUCGUGUGAACGUAUACGGUA